AUGAUGUGGCGGGUGCUAUUCGUUGUAAGCGGUCCCCAAGGAGGGGUGCUACAAACAGCCAAACGACUGAAGAGCACAGUGAGAAAAAUUGACAAGUUGCUUAUAGCAAACAGAGGUGAAAUCGCCUGUAGAGUAAUAAGAACCGCCAAGAGGUUAGGAAUAAGAACCGUAGCAGUAUACAGCGAGGCCGAUGAGCGUUCCCUACAUGUGUCUAUGGCUGACGAAGCCUAUAAAAUAGGUCCACCCCCUGUUUCACUGAGUUAUUUGAGAGGGGAAAAAUUACUGGAGGUGGCAAAAAUCUCAAAAUGUCAAGCCAUACACCCGGGUUAUGGAUUUUUAUCGGAGAACGUUGAAUUUGCGGAAAAUUGCCAAAAUAGCGAUGUAAUUUUUAUUGGACCUCCUGCUUCUGCUAUCAGAGACAUGGGAAUUAAAAGCACAUCAAAACAUAUAAUGUCAAAAGCUGGGGUCCCGAUAAUAGAAGGUUACCACGGUGAAGAUCAGAGCAUGGAAAAACUCAAAUCGGAGGCUGAAAGAAUCGGUUUUCCAGUCAUGAUUAAAGCUGUCAGAGGUGGCGGUGGAAAAGGCAUGCGUGUAGCAAACACAGCCAAAGACUUCGAGGAAGCCCUGGAGUCGGCAAAAACAGAAUCUCAGAAAGCAUUUGGUGACCAGGUUGUGCUAUUGGAAAAAUUCGUAGGGGAACCCAGGCAUGUCGAAGUGCAAGUUUUUGCCGAUAAGCAUGGCAACGCCGUGCAUUUGUAUGAAAGGGAUUGUUCUGUUCAAAGAAGGCAUCAGAAGAUUAUAGAGGAAGCACCAGCGCCAGGUUUAUCCGCAGAUUUAAGGCACGAGUUGGGCGCUGCAGCUGUUAGGGCAGCUAAAGCUGUAGGAUAUGUGGGGGCUGGAACAGUUGAAUUUAUUUUGGAUAAAAACACUCAUAGUUUUCAUUUUAUGGAAAUGAAUACGAGGCUGCAAGUGGAACAUCCUAUAACUGAGAUGAUCACAGGUACCGAUUUGGUCGAAUGGCAGAUAAAGAUAGCUUCAGGUGAAAAGCUUCCACUAAACCAAGAGGAUAUUCCCUUGAAAGGCCACGCUUUCGAAGCUAGAAUAUACGCGGAAGACCCUAGAGGGGGUUUCUUGCCAGGGGCUGGCCCCCUACGCCACUUAACCACCCCUAACCCUUCGGAAGACGUCAGAAUAGAAACAGGUGUCAAUCAGGGUGACGAAGUGUCGGUUUUCUACGACCCUAUGAUCGCAAAAUUGGUUGUUUGGGGUGAGGAUAGAAGUGAGGCCUUAUCGAAGCUACAGGCGAAACUUUUAGAGUACAAUAUCGCUGGGUUGGAAACAAACGUGAACUUUCUGCUGGAUUUAGCAAAACAUAAGGAAUUUGAGGCUGGAAACGUUCAUACCAAUUUUAUUGAGGAUUAUUACGAUAGUUUAUUUAGUGAUGAUACACCUAGUGAUACACUUAUUAUUCAGGGUGCUUUGGCAACUAUUUUGCAAGAUAAAAGCAAUAAUGUUAGUGAGGCAGUUAGAAAUAAUGAUGCAUAUAAUCCUUUUGUCGUGGAAUCUGCUUUCAGAGUAAACUAUAAUUUAGUUAAAGAUGUAAAGCUCAAAUUUAAAGAUACUGAAAAUGUUAUUAGAAUGAAAGAUCUUGGUCAAAAUAGUUUUGAGAUAUCUUUGGAUAAAGGCAAUACUUGGGUGACAGCAAAUGGGGAAUUAACACUCAUAAAUGGAAAUACAGUUUUGAAAAGUACUAUAGAUGGUGUUAAGUCUAAAGUAAACGUUUAUAAUGAUGGAGAAGUGUUGGCUUUAUUUCAUGAUAAAGGAAAAACUCAAUUCACCCACUACCAACCGAAAUUCCUUACUGCGGAAGAAGAGGAAGCAACCACUGGACUUCUAAACAGAGCAGUUGCACCGAUGCCUGGCGUUUUGGAUAAACUGCUGGUGAAACCCGGCGAUUUGGUGAAGAAAGGCGAUUCCCUUUUCGUAUUGAUCGCGAUGAAAAUGGAGCACGUCGUUAAAGCUAACCGAGAUGCCGAAAUUGACAACGUUUUCUUCAAAGUGGGAGAUAGCGUGCCCAAAGAUUCAACGAUUGUGCAAUUUAAAGAGACUGCCGAAUAA